UAGCCUCCGGCUCAAUCCCGGGGCGCGGCUGAGGAGGGGCCGAGCUGCCGGCCUUUCCCCCGGCUCCGCGGCGCUUCCGGGAGGAGGGAAGCGCGGCUGCCGGUGGGGUCAAGUAAUUCUGCAGACGUCUGCCAGAGUGGCUGUUAGGUAUAAAACACAGCAUGCACAUGUAUCAGUAAGCUGAAGGUAAUAUUGAAGAUACAUAGACUUAGACAAGGCUCUGAACCAUGGAUAGCCUCUGUGCAGCAAAUACCGCUUUUGCGCUCGACCUCUUAAGAAAGCUGUGUGAGAACAGAAGUGGGCAGAAUCUGUUCUUUUCUCCUUUUAGUAUUUCUUCUGCAUUGUCUAUGGUUUUGCUGGGUUCAAAAGGUAACACUGGAGCCCAAAUAGUAAAGGUGCUUUCUCUGAAAAAGGCUGAGGAUGCUCACAAUGGGUAUCAGUCACUUCUCUCUGAAAUUAAUGAUCCAAACACCAAAUAUAUACUGAGAACUGCUAACCGACUUUACGGAGAAAAGACAUUUGAGUUUCUCUCAUCCUUUAUAGAGUUGAGUCAAAAAUCCUACCAUGCUGGACUAGAAAAGACUGACUUCAUGCGUGCGUGGGAGGAUUCCAGAAAACAAAUAAAUGGCUGGGUAGAGGAAAGGACUGAAGGUAAAAUUCAGAACCUGUUGGCAGAGGGCAUUCUCGAUUCACUGACCAGACUUGUGUUGGUGAAUGCCAUCUAUUUCAAAGGCAACUGGGCAAAACAGUUUGACAAAGAGAGGACAGCAGAAGUGCCAUUUCAAAUAAACAAGGAAGAGACCAGACCUGUGCAGAUGAUGUGCAGGAAGGAUAAGUUUAACAUGGCCUAUAUUUGGGACUUGCAGACCAAAAUCCUUGAGCUCCCUUAUGUUGGUAAUGAACUCAGCAUGAUUAUCCUGCUCCCUGAUGCAAUUCAGGAUGGGUCCACUGGCUUGGAAAGUCUGGAAAGAGAACUCACAUAUGAGAAGGUGACAGAUUGGCUCAAUCCACAAGCUAUGGAAUGCACAGAGGUGAAGGUGUCUUUACCCAGAUUUAAACUGGAAGAAAAUUAUGAUCUGAAACCCCUCCUGAGCAGCAUGGGAAUGCCUGAUGCGUUUGACUUAGGGAAGGCAGACUUCUCAGGGAUUUCAUCUGGCAAUGAGCUGGUGCUUUCAGAAGUCAUUCACAAGUCCUUUGUGGAAGUCAAUGAAGAAGGCACUGAAGCAGCAGCUGCCACAGCAGGAGUGAUGAUGAUGCGCUGUGCGAUGAUUGUUGAAGACUUCAUUGCAGAUCAUCCCUUCCUUUUCUUCAUCCGGCACAACAAAACUUCCACCAUUUUGUUCUGUGGGAGAUUUUGUUCUCCCUAGAAAGAAGAUGUCUUGGCUGCCAUUACACAGUAACUUUCUGUUUCUUUGGAAUAGGGCUGCUCUUUUUGCACUAAUUACCUCUUUCAGCUGUGCCUGAGUCCAGUUCUGUGGUCUUCAUCUCAGGCUUGAUAGUAUAAGAGAGCUACUUUAGACACAUGGAGCCAAUGCCAUCUAAAGCAACUCUUAGCUGGUGCACCUCAGCGCAGAGAUGUCUUCACUUCUUGCUGACACAAGAAACAUCCCACUGGCUCAGCCAGUGCUUCCUCUCUCCUUGCAGAUCCCAUUUCGGCUUUACUUUCUGUGGCUACCUGGUAGAGUUGGGCAUUGACUUCCCACUGGAAAAGAAGGUGUUAAUUUGGUUCUGACAAGGCUGGAGCAUGUCUUCAGCUCCCCUCCCCCUUUUUCCUCCCAUCCCCUGUCUUUUUGUUCCAAACUCAUCCACUUAAUCUCUUGAUACAUUCCCUAGAGAUGAAAGGAGCCUUUAGCAGUCUUUUCCAAGUGUUGCUAAGCAACCUGAUGAAAUAGGGUUUUUGGAUAAUAACUGGACAAGCACUUAGGCAAGAAUGGGAAUAAAAAUAUGGCUUUGUACCAGGUGUCCUUGUAGGGUAAUCGUGGAGUGAGAAGUGUUUUAUCAGCAGAGGACACCUGAGUUUAUAACCUAUCAGCUGGUUCUAGUCCUUUAAAGAAUGUAAUGAAAAAGCAUAUGGUGCCUAUGCAAUAUUUGAAUAACAAAGACUUUCUGCUGUGAUAGAUCUUUCCUGUUCAUUGUUUCUUAAAUAUUUUAAUGCAACUGCAUAAUACCAAAGAUAUAGCUGAAAUAGCUUUCCUAAUACAGUUUUGUUUUGCUGUUUCUAUUCCUAAAAUAAUAAAAGAACUUGAAGUGGUGUGA